AGUCACGCGCACACGCACUCCCAUUCCCGUGGGCUCGCUUCCGCCGGCCUCAGCCAAUCAGCGCGGGAUGCGCCGCAGCUUAUAAACCAUCUUCCGUGGAACCGUCCGCCCUCCAUCCUGAGGAUUAUCGAGCGCGAGCUGCACCCCUCAUAUCACCGCAACCGUGAAGAUGGCGUCCCGGAGCAUGCAGGCGGCGCGAUGCCCGACAGACGAGCUGUCGCUGACAAACUGUGCUGUCGUGAACGAGAAAGAUCUGCAGUCAGGACAACAUGUGACGGUGAAGACCACGCCAAACCACAAGUAUGUGUUUACUGUCAAGACCCAUCACACUGUAGCUGCUGGAACCAUCGCCUUCAGCCUGCCACAGAGAAAAUGGGCUGGCCUUUCCAUUGGCCAGGAGGUUGAAGUGGCCAACUACAACUUUGACAAGUCCAAGCAGUGCAUCGGCGCCAUGACAAUCGAAAUUGACUUCCUGCAAAAGAAGAGCACCGACUCCUCUCCGUACGACUCGGACAAGAUGGCGUCUGAGUUCAUCCAGCAGUUCAACAACCAGGCCUUCUCUGUCACCCAGCAGUUGGUGUUCAGUUUCUGCGACAAGCUGUUUGGUUUGGUGGUGAAGGACGUUGAGGCCAUGGACGCCAGCAUCCUCAAAGGUGAUCCAGCUUCUGGAAAGAAACAGCAAAAGAUUGACGUUGGUCUGAUGGUGGGAAACAGCCAGGUGAUCUUUGAAAAGGCGGAGAAUUCCUCUCUCACAUUAGUCGGAAAGGCAAAGACCAAGGAGGCCCGGCAGACAAUCAUCAACCCAGACUGGAACUUUGAGAAAAUGGGAAUUGGAGGUCUGGACAAGGAGUUCUCCGACAUUUUCCGCAGAGCCUUUGCUUCUCGAGUUUUCCCUCCAGACAUUGUGGAGCAGAUGGGCUGUAAGCACGUGAAGGGCAUCAUGCUGUUCGGACCUCCAGGAUGUGGUAAAACACUGAUGGCCAGGCAGAUUGGCAAGAUGCUCAACGCUCGCGAGCCAAAGGUUGUCAAUGGUCCCGAGAUCCUCAACAAGUAUGUGGGAGAGUCAGAAGCUAACAUCCGCAAACUGUUCGCGGAGGCAGAGGAGGAGCAGAAGAGGCUGGGAGCCAACAGUGGGCUCCACAUCAUCAUCUUUGAUGAGCUGGAUGCCAUCUGCAAGCAGAGAGGCACGGGCGCCAGCAGCACUGGUGUGCACGACACUGUGGUCAACCAGCUCCUGUCUAAGAUCGACGGUGUGGAGCAGCUAAACAACAUCCUGGUCAUCGGCAUGACCAACAGGCCCGACCUGAUCGAUGACGCCCUGAUGAGGCCCGGCAGGUUUGAGGUGAAAAUGGAAAUCGGUCUGCCUGAUGAAAAGGGCCGUGUCCAGAUUCUCAACAUCCACACAAGCAAGAUGCGAAGCUUCAACCUCCUGGCUAUAGACGUUGACGUCAAAGAGCUGGCUGCUGAGACAAAGAAUUACAGCGGUGCUGAGCUGGAAGGGCUUGUCAGGGCGGCACAGUCCACCGCCAUGAACCGACACAUCAAGGCUACGUCUACGGUGGAGGUGGACAUGGAGCGGGCAGAGAAGCUGCAAGUCACCAGAGAUGACUUCUUUGGAUCACUUAACAAUGACAUCAAACCUGCGUUUGGUACAAAUCAAGAGGAUUAUUCCAGCUACAUCAUGAACGGUAUCAUCAAAUGGGGCGACCCAGUUACUCACGUCCUGGAUGAUGGAGAGCUGCUCGUACAGCAGACCAAAAACAGCGAUCGCACACCACUGGUGGCUGUGUUACUGGAGGGCCCGCCACACUGUGGAAAGACGGCGUUGGCGGCUCAGAUUGCAGAGGACUCUCAGUUCCCCUUCAUUAAAAUCUGCUCUCCAGACAAGAUGAUUGGACACUCAGAGAUCUCCAAGUGCCAGGCAAUCAAAAAAAUCUUUGAUGAUGCUUAUAAGUCUCAGCUCAGCUGCGUGGUGGUGGAUGACAUUGAGCGUCUGCUGGACUACGUUCCAAUUGGUCCUCGUUUCUCCAACCUGGUCCUUCAAGCUUUGCUGGUGCUGCUAAAAAAGCCUCCACCCAAGGGCCGUAAGCUGCUCAUUAUUGGCACCACCAGCAGGAAGGAUGUUCUGCAGGAGAUGGAGAUGCUGGAUGCCUUCAGUACCACCAUUCACAUCCCCAAUAUCUCUACUGGGGAGCAGCUAGUUGAAGCCUUAGAGCUGCUUGGGAGCUUCACAGAUAAAGAGCGUGCCAGCAUCGCACAUCAGCUCAAAGGGAAGCGAGUCUGGAUCGGCAUCAAGAAACUCCUGGUGCUCAUUGAGAUGUCCCUGCAGAUGGAUCCAGAUUACAGAGUGACCAAGUUCCUGUCUCUGCUCAGAGACGAAGGAGCGUUGAAUGAAGGUGAUCAAAUCCGAAUUUAAAGGUGCUGAUUGCUCAUGCUGUUUACCGAGAUCGAAGCUUAUACGAAUAAAGGAAGUUGACAAGAGCAAGAAAACAUCUCACCAUCUACAAGUUCACCUGCAGGCAACAAUACAAAGAACAAAACAGAAGAAAAGUCCCUGUUUUCUGUCCCACCACAGAUCAGUCUAUAGUCUACCUUGAUCCAAGAGAACUGAAAGUCCUUCGUAUCUCUGCAUGUUUCCACAGACUAAAUGUCACUGUAUCUCCUCUCUUCUUUUCCUCAUCAACACCACCUACAGCACUUGUUAACAUCAACAUAUCACAGCAAAUUAUUGGAAGUUGUACUGUUACAAAUCUGUUAUCUGUAUGCAAUAGAUAACUGUAAAGAAUACAGCGUUUUGUGCAUUGUGCAAAUAAAAAAGCAGUGUAUGUUUUAGCUAUACUGUUUGUUGUAUCUGUUCCAUAUCUUUUGCCCUGCUAACAGUAGAUAAUGUUGUGAAUCUUGUCAAGCAGAAUAAACAGAACACACACAAAAAGUGAAAAAAUCCAGUCAAGUAGUAAGAUGUGAAUCAAUAAAAGGCUUUUUGUGAAUAUGUAUUGGCUGUAAAAAGAAGCUGCUUUAUGUAUAAAUGUAACCCCUUUAGACAAACAGUAUGGAAACAUUCUGUAAAUAUAUAUGUAGAUAUAUAAAUUACAGUAUAUCAUUAAAAAAAAUCAUAGUUUAUCAGUAUGAUCUUCCUCGCCGUGGCUCUGCAGAUGUUGACUUUACCUUGUUAAUGUGGUAGUGAAAGUAAAUUAUGGAUCGUUGAUCAGUCUGUUGGCGUUGCACACAAUACAGUUCUUUGGUUCAUUGUUGGCAUUUGUGAGGAGCUCCAUGUGCGUGUCCGGUGUGUGAGUGUGAGAGCGUGUGUAAAGGGGUGGAGUCAUGGGAGCAUGUGUGUGUCACUUUGUGGACCUUAAUGUGUUUAAAUGACAGGUUGUUAAUUUGUGUUUUAUCUCUCUUCUUUAUGUGUUCAAAGCUAAAAAAAAAUAAAAUCCAAAGUUCUUCUUUUAUUCUGACCAUUGACAAAGUGUGUAUGUGUGUGUGUGUACAAUGUGCAGAUGUAUCAUGCAAUAAAAAGCACAUAC